GUAUGGAGCGUUGUGGGUUAGGGUUGAGUUGCCCGAUUUGUCACCCGUUGUUCGAGCUUUUCACUGCUUGCGGCCUCAUUGAUCAAUCCUUCAACCCGCAAUCAACACUCUCACCAACUGGCCAGCACUCCUGAACCAACACCCACAAAAGUGCAUUAUUUAUUCAAAUCCCGUCAAAUACCUCGGCCUCGGCUUGAAAUAUGCUCCUCCGCCACGCCAACCCUCAAGACCGAGACCCGGACAUUUUCCUCACCAUGACCUCGCACACGCCCACCCCAGACGAAAACAGCCUUCAAACCCAGCAACACCACGAUGACCACCAAAACGACACCCUAUCCGACAUCUGGGUUGACGACGACGCCGCCGCCACCUAUCAAACCUACCCCUACCCCCAGACCCAGCCCCAGCUUCACUCUCACUCUCACCCUCACCCUCACCACCACCACCCCCCGCACCAAUCCCCAGGCCUAGUAAGCGACAUCCCGCGCCUGUCCCACGCGCACCGCACAGCAGGCUACCGCGACGGCAUCGCGGCGGCCAAGGCGCGCACCGCGCAGGCCGGCUUCGACGAGGGCUACGGGCUGGGCGCGACCGUCGGCGCCCGCGCCGGCCAGCUGCUCGGCGUGCUGGAGGGGCUGGCCGCCGCCGUCGGGCUGCACUCGCUCGCGCUGUCGCCGCACCGCGACGGGCCGCGCUACCGCCAGGGCGAGGCCGAGGCGCGGAGGCUCGCGGCGCUGCUUGCCGAGGCGCGGGCCGAGUUGAGUGUUCGGGGGGUGUUUGCCGGCGAGUACUGGGCUGCGGACGGCACGUGGCGGUAUCCUGUUGCGUCUGCUGGCGGGGCUAGUGGGGAGGGGGUUAACGGGAGUAAUGGUGGUGUUGGUGGUGGUGGUGGUGGUGGUGGUGGGUUUGGGGAGGCGGGCAGUGGGAUGGAGGGGUUGGUGGUGUUUGCGGAUGUGGCGGAGGCGCAUCCGCUGUUGAGGAAGUGGAGCGGGAUUGUGAGGGCCGAGGCGGCGAGGUAUGGGGUGGACUGGGAGGUGUUGAAGGACGAGGUUGGCGAGGCGAGGAGGGACGAGGAAGAGGCCGAGCAGGAGCGGGAAGGGAGGAUGCGGAGGGAGCGAGAGAACCGGCCGGCUGGGAGGGAACGGGAGGCGCUUGCUUGGUGAGGGAGCUAGAAGGACUCGAUGACCACUCGGCGCUGGUCGCCGCUGGAAGAUCGGCGUUGCUGGGUUGGGCGCGCCUUGCGGAAGCUAAGAGCCACCGCUGGCCGGACACUCCGGGGCAGCUGCGAAGAUUAGGCUGUUCAACUCAAGGUUUCUCGGAUGCUGAGCUGGAUGGCACGUUCAUCC